AUGCCGAAAGCUAAAACUACCACACCACUGCAGGUAUGUUUGUUUUACCCUAACCUCAUUGGCUACACACGCGUUAUUCUUUCAUUGAUUUCCUUCUGCUUGCUCGGCCACUUUCCCAUUGCAUUUUUAUUUUGUUACAUCAUUGGUUUUGUGCUGGACGCGGUGGAUGGCAUGGUAGCGCGACGGUUUGGCCAAUGCACACAGUUUGGUGCGAUACUUGAUAUGUUGACGGAUCGGGCGUCAACGGCUGGUUUGAUUGUUGUGGUUGUGCAGGUAUUACAACCGCUUCCACAUUGGGGAGCCACUUCGCUUGCAUGUCUUGUUUUCCUGGAUAUUUCUUCGCAUUUCUGCGUCAUGUACGUGUCGCUUUAUGCUGGCCGUACUAGUCAUAAGGACGUGAGCAGCAGUAUUUUUUCACUUCUGCGACUUUAUUAUACAAAUCGUCCGUUUAUGUGUGCACUUUGCGUCGGACAGGAACUUUUCUACUUAAACUUAUAUAUGUACGGCGUGUAUGGGAUCGCUGAACCUGCGUUUCUGUUCUUUAUGGCUUUGACAGCCGCGUUGAGUGCUUUCAAGCAGGUGGUGAAUGUGCAACAGCUGCUGGAUAGCAUGUAUCAUCUGGCGGUUCUGGAUGCUGCGGGAAGCCGCCAGUGA